CGAAGUCAUUGGAUGAAUGAGGAUUCUGUCAGGCCAGUUUGGUCUGCUUACCGUGGCCCGGAUUUGACUUCCGAUCACUUCCAAGUCACAUAAUGAAGCAACUAUAAGAUAUGACGCGCGAAGUGGUCAUCCCGUGACUCAGGCCUCACCUCUUGAUACCAGUCUCAAAACCAAACUCUUGUUCUUCUUACAAUCACUCCAAAUAUUUUAGACACCAUGACUAUCUCCCACUACUCUGAAGACCAUUACCAAAGGAUUGGCGCCGGUUUCUGCGGCACAGUCUGGACACGAAGCCCAACAGGGUCUGCCAUCAAGCGAGAAGAUGGAGGACCCUCUCGAUCACUCGCCAACGACUUCACAAUGCACAAUCAAGCCUACGAGGCUUUCCUCAGCUUUUCAGACGCGAAGCGCAACAUGAGAAACCCACCGACGCAGCUCCAAGCGCGCAUACCUCAGUGCCACAAAUACAUCACCCCACAGGACCAGUCCUGGUGGGACACAAAUUUCCGAUGGUUCCCCGAUGGAUACACAGCCUGCAAUGCGAUCCUGUCCGAGCGAAUCCCGCCUUUUCCCGAGCACACCAGACGUCUUCUCGUGGACAGGUAUUGUCCUCCUGAGCUCCGCCAAGACAUUCACCGCAGCGCCAGCAACGAAGCCUGUCUCAUCCGACCGUACAUCGGCCGCCAGCGCACCUGCAGCACGGCGAGGAACGGCCGAUCUCGAUUCCGAGGGUUUUCCCUCCGCAACUUCCCGCUGCAUAUCGAUCAGAUGAUGGAACUGGGGAUUAGCAUCGAGGAUGUCGACUGCUACGCUGGUAUGAUGGGCGAAGCACUCUCCACAUUUCACUGGGUCGCGAGGAUGGAUGCAAACGACGUCGAGAUUGUUUUGGCUCCGAUUUCGCCAGCUGAGCGCAACAGAGCCCCGGACCACAGCAGCACCAGCAACAUUAUCAGAAAUGUCUUGGGGACACAUACCAUGUGGAUCCUGGACUUUGAUUUGUGUCACUCCAUCUCGAUGGACCGGCAGGGUGUUCAGCAAGCGGUCGAGGCUUUCUUCAAGAACGACCCCUUUUGUCCACGGCCGCACACGGCACACUGGCCUGCUUUUCGCAAUCAAUAUCUAAGUGCUGCUGGGCGGAUCGCUCGCAUCUACCAUAAGGAUGAGGUGGGUGCUAUAUACAACCUGGCUCGUCAGUUUGUCACGCUUAUAGAGGCGAGGGGUGAAUGUUCCUGCUCAAGCUGAAUGAUGAUGAUACACACCAGAAGGAAGAUGCGAUGGGCAUGGCAGGCCUUAAGUCUCCUUAAGCUCUCCCUUGGUCCGCUGGCUCAACGAAGUAAGAGAUUGGGAUCGAAUAGACC